AUGAACCCCUACGUACUCACCAUCCUAUUAUCAAGCUUAGGACUAGGAACCACCAUAACCUUUGCCAGCUCACACUGACUCUUAGCCUGAAUAGGAUUAGAAAUUAAUACCUUAGCAAUUAUUCCAUUAAUAACCCAGCAGCACCACCCCCGAGCAGUUGAAGCAGCCACAAAAUACUUUUUAACUCAAGCAACCGCCGCAGCAAUAAUCCUGUUCGCCGCAGCUACAAAUGCGUGAAUGAUGGGUGAAUGAGAUAUUAACAAUUUAUCCCACCCAAUAGCUUCUUCAAUGAUAAUAGCCGCCCUAGCACUAAAAAUUGGACUAGCACCUAUACACUUCUGAUUACCAGAAGUUCUUCAAGGACUUGACCUGCCUACCGGGCUAAUUCUAUCCACCUGACAAAAACUAGCCCCACUCGCACUAAUUAUUCAAGUAGCACAUACCAUCAACCCCACUAUGCUUACACUACUAGGACUUCUAUCCGCACUAGUCGGAGGAUGAGGAGGACUUAAUCAAACUCAGAUCCGAAAAAUUUUAGGUUACUCAUCAAUUGCCCACAUAGGAUGAAUAAUUAUUAUUUCACAGUAUGCCCCACACCUAACACUGCUCACCCUAACCAUGUAUUUAUUUAUAACAUCAGCAGCAUUCCUAUCAUUAAAAAUAACAUCAACCACAAAUAUUAUAACCAUAACAACAAUAUGAUCAAAAGCCCCAAUACUAGCAUCAACCAUAGCCCUAACUCUUCUAUCACUAGGAGGACUCCCACCAUUAACAGGAUUUAUACCUAAGUGGUUAAUUCUACAGGAAAUAGCAAAACAACAACUACCACUUACAGCAACAAUUAUAGCCAUAGCCGCUCUUCUAAGCCUUUACUUCUAUCUCCGACUAUGUUACGCAAUAACCCUUACCAUCUCCCCAAAUACAACUAAUGCUACAAUACCAUGACGAACUUAUACAACCCAAUCCACAAUUACCCUUGCCCUUUUUACCACAACCGCCCUUGGACUCCUACCAAUAACACCAGCCAUUAUAACACUCCUCACCU